AUGAGCAGCUGGAGAAAUUUAGUGCUUCGAAUUGGUGAGAAGUGCCCUGACUAUGGCGGAAAUGACGACUUCAAAGACCAUAUUGAGACGUGCUUUGGUGCCGUUCGCCGUGAAUUUGAGUACUCCGAGGACGAUAUUUUAGAGUUCCUUCUUCAGUGUGCCGAGCAAUUGCCUCACAAGAUACCUUUGUAUGGAACAUUGGUUGGUCUACUAAAUCUAGAGAAUGAGGAUUUUGUCACAAAAGUUGUAGAGAAUACUCAAGCUAAUUUGCAGGCUGCUUUGGACUCUGGAAAUUGUGACAGGAUCCGUGUAUUGAUGCGCUUUUUGACUGGCUUGAUGUGCAGCAAAGUUCUUCAACCGAGUUCUUUGGUGGUUUUGUUCGAAACGUUACUAUCAUCAGCGGCAACAACAGUGGAUGAUGAUAAAGGAAAUCCCUCUUGGCAAGCUCGUGCUGACUUUUAUAUAACUUGUAUUUUGUCGUGUCUCCCUUGGGGGGGAGGAGAACUGGUUGAGCAAGUUCCUGAGGAGAUUGAGAGGGUUAUGGCCGGCAUACAGGCAUACAUGAGCAUUAGAAGGCAUGUUUCUGACACCGGCUUCUCUGUCUUCGAGUAUAUUGAUGAAAGCAACCAAUCUGACAAUGAAAAAGAUUUCUUGGAGGACUUGUGGAUUCGGAUUCAAGAUCUUUCUAACAAUGGGUGGAAGCUUGAUAGUGUUCCAAGACCACAUCUUUCAUUUGAAGCGCAACUUGUUGCGGUGAAAUCUCAUGAUUUUGGUCCCAUAAGCUGCCCUGACCAUUCUGAUCCUCCUACUGCACUAUCUGGGAUUGCCUUUGGCAGACAAAAGCAUGAAGCUGAGUCAAAAUAUCCUCAAAGGAUACGGAGGCUUAAUAUAUUUCCUUCUAGUAAAUAUGAGGAUGUGCAGUCUAUAGAUCGGUUUGUUGUGGAAGAGUAUUUGUUGGAUGUGAUGUUGUUCUUAAAUGGCUGUCGAAAGGAAUGUGCUUCAUACAUGGUUGGGCUUCCUGUUUCCUUCCGAUAUGAAUACCUUAUGGCUGAGACAAUUUUCUCUCAGCUUCUUUUGUUGCCUCAGCCCCCAUUCAAGCCAAUGUAUUAUACUUUGGUCAUUAUUGACCUCUGUAAGGCUCUUCCUGGUGCCUUCCCGGCAGUUGUAGCAGGGGCAGUCCGUGCUCUUUUUGACAAAAUUGCUGAUUUAGACAUGGAGUGCCGUACACGCCUUAUCCUUUGGUUCUCACAUCACUUAUCAAAUUUCCAAUUCAUAUGGCCGUGGGAAGAAUGGGCUCAUGUCUUAGACCUCCCAAAAUGGGAUCCACAACGAGUAUUUGUCCAAGAAAUUUUGGAAAGAGAAGUGCGUUUGUCUUAUUGGGACAAAAUUAAGCAGAGCAUUGAGAGUGCCCCUGCCUUAGAAGAGUUACUUCCACCAAAAGGUACACCAAACUUCAAAUACAGUUCAGAAGACGGAGGUAAAACUGAGCAUGCCCUUUCCUCAGAACUUAUUGGCAUGGUGAAAGGAAGGCUAUCUUCACGUGAAAUUGUUUCAUGGGUUGAAGAUAGUGUGCUUGCCGUUCAUGGUUUGGAUAUCACACUCGGUGUUGUUGUUCAAACCCUUCUCAAUAUUGGAUCAAAAAGUUUCACACAUUUGAUCACUGUUUUGGAGAGAUAUGGUCAAGUCAUUUCAAGGAUUUGUUCAGAUCAGGACAAACAAGUUAUGCUGAUAUCUGAAGUGAGUUCAUUCUGGAGGAACAAUGCUCAAAUGACAGCUAUAGCCAUUGACAGAAUGAUGGGUUAUCGCCUUAUAUCUAAUUUGGCGAUUGUGAGAUGGGUUUUUUCACCAUCUAAUGUUGAUCAAUUUCAUAUUUCAGAUCGUCCAUGGGAGAUUCUGAGGAAUGCUGUGAACAAGACAUACAACCGUAUUUCUGAUCUAAGGAAGGAGAUGUCAUCCUUGAAAAGGAGUGUUUUAUCAGCUGAAGAAUCUGCAUCUAAAGCCAGAGCAGAGUUGUCGGCUGCUGAGUCAAAGCUUACACUUAUGGAUGGUGAACCUGUUCUUGGUGAAAAUCCUGUGAGAAUGAAGCGUUUGAAAUCUCAAGUUGACAAAGCAAACGAGGAGGAGGUAUCUGUUCGUGAAUCAUUGGAGGCAAAGGAGGCUCUUUUUGCAAAAGCUGUUGAUGAAAUUGAGGCUUUAUUUAUUUCCUUAUAUAAAAGUUUUUCCAACGUGUUGGUGGAACCCCUUCGUGAUGCAUUUAAAGAUGGAAUGUUGCGGCGGACUGAUGCAGCAGAUGAAAUGCCGAUUGAUGAUGAAGAUUCAUCUGCAAUGGAAUUGGACAAAGAGAGCGAAAAAUCAAAGAAAAGUCACUCCAACGGGGACAGGAGCGGAAAUGAUUAUACUGUUGGUGAAAAAGAGCAAUGGUGUUUAUCAACUCUGGGUUAUGUCAAAGCCUUCACCCGCCAAUAUGCUUCAGAGAUUUGGCCGCAUGUUGAGAAAUUAGAUGCUGAUGUGUUAUCGAAAGACGUGCAUCCACUUUUCCUAAAAGCCUUUUACGCCGGUCUGCGACGACCAAUGAGUGAUUUGGUGUAA